GGGGCAGCAGGGGCCUGGUUACUCGCCGUGUCCUGCGGGGUGCAACGGCGGCAGCAGCAUCACGCGGGAGUCGAGCUACGAGCUGGGGUUCAGCGCGCAGGGGCCCUCGGUGGUGUUCGUGGCAUCGGAGCCCAUCACGGCUUCCGCAUCCGACUGGGUGGCCGUCCCCAAGAACACCGCGCUCGUGGUGACGCGCGAGAAGGGCGGCUUCCUCAACACGCUGCGCUGCCCACUGCGCGUCUACCCGCUGCUGCAACCCUCGCCGGCGCCCAGCCUGCCCUUCCCCGCGCCCGCAGCCCUGCUAGGCGCACCCGGCUCGAUGGCGGUCAUGCAGCCGCAGGUUCCGCUGCCCCGGAGGUCUUCGGGGGGCGGUGUGUACGGGGCCCCGCCUCCGGGGCUGGAUCCUCAGCGCGACGUGUGCAUCUGCCUGGAGGCGCUCAGUCGCGGGAUUACGGCAAAGAGUCGCGCGUUUUUGGCGCACCGACCCACGGGUCUGGGUAUUGGCGGCGGGUCCUCGCUGUUCCUGCAGCCGUCGCCGGAUACCCUACAUGAGCUGCCGUCGUUGCCUUCGACCGUUCUGGGCAUGGCCCCCCGCCGCAUCAGCGCCAGCGGUCAGCCCCAGCAGGGCCAGCCCGAGCCGGCGGGCCCUGCAGCAGUGUUGGCGUCACGGGUCGGCUCGCAGGCGGAGUUCCUAGAUGCGUUCCCCGACGACGAGCCGCACGACUACAUGCGGCUGAUCGGCCACAGCGGCCCCGUGGUGGCCAUGACGGUGUGCCCGCACGCCUCGCGGCUCUACACCUCCUCAGCGGACUGCAGCGUGAAGGUGUGGAGCCUGCUGGACAACAGCUGCCUGCACACCUUGGUGGGUCAGCGCAAGCCCGUCACCGCCAUGAGGCUGCGCGCGCACGGGCGGCUGCUGCUGGCCGCCAGCGGGCGCAAGAUCCGCGUGUGGGACGCGGUGCACUUCCGCUGCCUGCAGCUGGUCAAGAUCAGCGACUCGUGCGGCACCAUCCGCUGCCUGGAGGUGCUGGGGCUGCACCACAACCACGGCCGCAACAACCACCACAACCACCACCAUGAGCAUGGGAAUAACUGCCAUCAUCACCAUCAGCACCUCCACAAUCACAACCAAGAUGGCAGCCGCCCGCAGCAAACCCCGCAGCCGGAUGCCAACAUGGUGGGCAAUGGGGUUGGACACGGAGGUGCUGCCGGUGGCGGUGCUGGCGGCGACAGCGCCCGGAGCUCCUCCACCGGGGAGGGUCUGCUGCCCUCGCCCUCACCUCGCAGCCGCCGCUACUCCUCCUCCGACGGCAGCAGCAGCAGCCUCAGCAUGGCGGACGUGCCGGGCGGGGUGCAGGAGGUGCUGGUGGAGGCGCUGGGGGCGAGGCGAGGAACGGGCGGAGGAGCAGCAGCAGCAGUAGGUGGGAUGGAGCGGAGCAGCAGCGCAGCGCUGGCGGCGGGCCGAGGUGAGGGCGGCGCCGCGGCGGCAGCCGCUGACGGCUGCGGCGUUUGCGCUAACGGCAGCUCUGGCGGCGGCGGCCUGUCGCUGCUGUACGUGGGCUGCCAGGACACCACCGUCAAGGUCUUCACACUGGACGAGCACCAGCUGCUGGCGGCGGCAGCCGCGGCGGCGGCGCCGCUGGUCUCACCCCCUCAGGCCGCUGCUGCUCCUGCCGCCGCCGGCUCCGCACCCGCCUCCGCCGCCAUCAGCCGCCUGCCCAGCAUGACCACCCCGCCGCGCUCCCCAUUCGCAGCGCAGCGGCCGAGCCUGACGGCGGCGGGUGGCCUCGUAGCCCGCACCACCACGACGGGGUUCGCGGGUCCUCCUGCGCUGCUGCCGCCUCGCAUCAUCGCCACGCCCGAGGAGGCGGACCAGGGCGUGUCCGACCUGGCGCCGCUGAUGGUGACGGCGGCGGAGGGCGGCGCGCAUGUGGGCCCGGUGAACUGCCUGGCGCUGUGCGGGCGGUUCCUGUGCUCGGGUGGAGGUGACGCCACGGUGCGCGUGUGGGACGCCGCCACGCUGAAGCUGGUGGGGGUGCUGCGCGGGCACCGCGGCAGCGUGCUGUGCCUGCUGGGGCUGGGCAGCAACCUGCUGCUGAGCGGGGCCAGGGACAACACAAUACGCGUGUGGGACCUGGAGAUGGACAUGCUGUGCCGCCGCACCCUCACCGGACACAAGGACGACGUCACCGGCCUGGCAGCCAUACACCUGCACAAGCGACUGACGGAGGCGGCGGCAGCGGCGGGGGCAGCGGUGCCCGACGGUACGACAGCGGCGACGGGUGUGCACGGCGGCUGCCUGACCCCGGGCGGCCGCUCUGUGGCGCUGGCCAGCACGGUGGUGGCCUCCUCCAGUGCGGACGGCACUGUGCGGCUGUGGUCCACCGCCUGGACCUGCCUCUGCAUCCUCUCCCUGCCAGCCGCCUCCACCAGCCCCUCCGCCGUGCCCGCCGCGCUGUGCGGCUGCCUGGCCGCCGACCUGGCCGUCGCGGGCUUCACGGACGGCGAGGUACGCAUGUGGCACAUCGACGACGUGUACGGCGCCGUACUGCAGCAGUGCUGCCGCGAGGUGGCGGCGGAGGCGGAGGCGCUGCAUGCUGCGUGCGGCUGCCUGGUGCAUGGCGUGGAGGUGGCG